UGUUAUCAUUAAUAAUAUACAGUCUAUCUUAAAUGUAUCCCAGUUCUCUUUCCAUUUAAUCAGUCACUGACAGAAAAAAUAUAUUUCUUGACUAUCUGAGUUGUAAAUUAUGCAUUACAUACCGUAAACUCUAGAAUCAUUGGCACCUUAUAUGAAAAUGAAGAAAAAUAUAUAUGUAAAUUAAAUACCAUAUGCAAUGAGUGACAUUUGGUCAAACAUAUGGAAAUGUGGUAUAGUUUCAUUUUAACAAUAUUUUGAUGAACAUCUUUCUGCAACAUACUAAUUUCAAAAUUAUUAGCACACCCACAAUUAAUAUUUGGUGAACCAGGGAGAGAAUAACAGCACAUAGAGUUCAAAUGCAAAAUUUGAGAUGGUCAUUUUAAAACAUUUUCUUCUUACAUAAAAAUUUUGAUUUUGACUCUUGGUUCUUCAAGGCUUCUUUAAUGGCUCACUGGGUAAUUAAGGGCUCUUUGCUACCUUUUGGAAACCUUUAUGAUAGGGAAACACUCUGUUGAAGGAUUUUAUACAGAAAUAGACCCCCAUCUAUAGUGUAUAUAUUUAUCUAUAAAUAGACCCCCAUCUAUAGUAUAGAUGACCCCCAUCUAUAGUCAAAUUAUACUGGGGCUAACAUAUCCUGGUACUUCAGCAGUGGUGGCAAAGUAAAGCUAGCAUUGGCGCCUCAUGGGUCCAUUUUCACCCCAUGUCUGUGUGGGUUUCCUCUGGGUUCUUUAAUUUUCUACUGACACCCAAAACAUACUGCCAGGUGGACUAAGUACACUAAAAUGCCUCAGGUAUAAAUGAGUGUGUAAAAGUGUGUGUGCAUGGUGCCCUUCAAUGCACUGACUUCCUAACCAGGGUGUAUUCCCGACUUGUGCCCAGUGUUCACAGAAUAGGCUGGAGAUCCAUUAUGACCCUGUUCAGGAUAAAGCGGUUACUGAAGAUGAAUGAACGUAUAUCCUGGUACUUAACAGAAUUCAUGAUGCCAUACAUCUUUAUAAGAGCCCCUGAACCACAAAACAAGCCUCAACAAUACACCACUAAAUAGGAUCCUGAUUGUGACUUUACAGAGUAUAUACGUAGAGCUGAUGCUUCUUCACGUGUGCAUUUUUAUUUUCAUGGAGGUGGCCAAUAAUCAUGUUCAUAAUUCAGCAAUAAUUAUCUGCAGUGCAGACUUCCACACCUUCCUGACAGAGCUGUCAGCAGGAUACAUGGAGAGAGAAUGGAGGAAGACCAGUUUGGUGUGUUUAUUCUGUUAAACAAAGACACUGGAAAGGCUUGUUUGGGUUCGAGAACAGGUUCAAACUGAAAUGCUGCCUUCAAAACACUCCACCCUGUAACGAUUUUCUAUUCUCUAAACACAUGGAACCAGAGUUCAGCGUUUAAAAGCCUGAGCUGUAUGAGUGGGUUCUACUGAGAGGGUGGGUCUGACUCCAUCUGCCAUUUACCUUUAGUAAAGGCACCAACUGCUUUUUUUUUUUUUUUAAACUUGUUAGGUAACGUAAUGGGGCGUGACCUUGAGUUCCCACGCGCCGGCUCCUCAGUGUUCUGUCCAAUCGCGACAUGAGACGUAAUCGGUGUCGAUUACGCGAGGGAGUGGUUGUCGUGACAACGCCGUGCCCCUUCGACAUCUUUCAGGAAAUGAAUAUAGAGAAAUAAGAAAAGCAGGAACUCGAAGCACUUGAAGGCGGACGAAACAGUUGCUGAAGGGGGAAGUUUGGUUGAAUGUUACGGACGCCGGCGCAAGUACGAGAAGAUGCUUAUUAAGGAAUACCGAGUUGUUCUUCCCAUUUCUGUUGAAGAGUACCAAGUGGCCCAGCUCUACUCGGUGGCUGAGGCCAGUAAGAAUGAGACGGGAGGAGGAGAAGGAGUGGAGGUACUGAAGAAUGAGCCUUAUGAGAAGGAUGGAGAGAAGGGGCAAUACACCCAUAAGAUCUACCAUUUGCAGAGUAAAGUACCAGGCUUUGUGCGGAUGCUGGCACCGGCUUCGGCUCUGAAGGUCCACGAGAAGGCCUGGAAUGCUUACCCAUACUGUCGCACAAUUCUCACAAACGAGUACAUGAAGGAUAACUUUAUGAUCAUGAUUGAGACGUGGCACAAACCUGACUACGGUGACCAAGAAAAUGUACAUAAGCUUGAUGCAGAAGCAUGGAAGAAGACCGAGGUCGUUUACAUUGAUAUUGCUGACAGGAGUCAGGUAGAUGACAAGGACUACAAACCUGAGGAGGAUCCAGCCACAUUCAAGUCAACGAAGACUGGAAGAGGACCUCUAGGACCUCAGUGGCGAAAAGAACUUCCUCAGAAGACCGACUGCCCUCACAUGUGUGCCUAUAAACUUGUCACUGUCAAGUUUAAGUGGUUUGGUUUGCAAAACAAAGUGGAAGGCUUCAUCCACAAGCAAGAGAAGCGCUUGUUUACCAACUUCCACAGGCAGCUUUUCUGCUGGAUAGACAGGUGGAUUGACUUGACAAUGGACGACAUUCGACGGAUGGAAGCGGAGACACAAAAGGAACUUGAUAAGAUGCGAGAAAAGGACCCAGUAAAAGGGAUGUCUGCCUCAGAUGAGUAAAGGCCCUGCAUCUGGGACUCUAUAUUGCCCAGUGAGCAGCAGUAUUGUUUGUGUCCCAGGCAGUGCUCGAGAGGAAGUCUUUCCUCUUGAUCCACUUCAAUAAGGUGCCUCCUUCAAGUCCUUCUCCCACAACCACGGAACUCCUACACACUAUAAACCCUAUUAAAGCUGAUUUCUACACUAAACAAUAAUAUAUAUAUAUAUAUAUAAUUCUAAUAUUACUGAUUAUUCCUUUUUAUUUUUAAUGUUUACUGCUUUUAUUUUAAAAUUGUAUUCAUCACCACAGCCAUUUCCCCUGCACGAUUUUAUUGAGCUAACUGACAACUAGAUUUUUUUUUUUUGGUUUUAUUUUUUGUAUCAGCACUGACCCAACACUGUAACACUGCUCAUACACUCAUUCUCGUUAGUUUGAUUCACUUUAUUCACUUCUUUCAGCUACAUUCACCCCACUGUUGUCUGCUCCUAAUGCUGCCUUAGGGCGCUGUGUGUGUGUUUGUUUCAAGCUAGCAUUUUCUCCUAAUCAUGUGACCCACCACUUUUAACACAUGAGAAAAUGCUCCUUGUAAGCAGUAUGGUGUAAUUGUGUUUACAUAACCUCAGCCUGAAUGAAUAUGCAUCAUGUGUUUAAGGGAAUGAGGUUUUUUUUUUUAGCGCCAAUGUGACUUGGUCUUCACUGUAAUGGUCACAUCAGUGCUGUACUCCUUUUCAAUUUGGUCUGAAAGUUUGCAGUUGUCUACUUUGCCUCGAUUUUAAACCGGGGCACUGAAGUUAGUUUAUUUAUUCACUGGGUAUUUUUACAGUUUGUCAAAUCUUCUGGGAUUAUGCAACACUGUGUAGGGCUGACAUUUUUCUACUCUUCUGGAAAUUCUAUCAUUUGAAACGGAUCAAUAAAAUGACAGACUUA